CUGCAUGAUUGCGACAUUUCCGAUAGUCGCUGAAGGCAGCACCAGCUCCAUCCAGGAGAGCAUCUGUAGUACAGUUGUUCAGUCGAGAGGAGGCCGCCAGCACUUCCGACACCGGGUACGUGGUCGAUGUCAGAAGUUAACAGUCGAUUUCUGCUAUUCUGCAUUGACGAAAUUUCGCCCCAGUAAACAACAAAAACAACAACAGUAACCAUGGCAGAAGCUCACCAGGCGGUGGCGUUCCAGUUCACCGUCACUCCGGAGGGCAUUGAUCUGCAGCUGUCCCACCAGGCCCUCACUGAGAUCUAUCUCUCCGGUGUGCGCUCCUGGAAGAAGCGAAUCAUCAGACUCAAGAACAGUGUGGUAACAGGAGUAUAUCCUGCUAGUCCUUCCUCCUGGCUUUUUGUGGUCAUAGCAAUCCUGGCUACUAUGUACACUCGCUCCGACCCUUCCAUGGGACUCAUAGCCAAGAUACAGGAGCACCUGCCAGUCAGCCAGUCUAUGAGUACCCAGUGCCAGACGUUGGUGUCAGCAGUGCUCUUCAGCACCAUGCUAUGGCUCUUGCUCAUUUUCACCAUGCGCCUGUGCCUCAAGCAGCUCCUCUCCUACCACCGCUGGAUGUUCGAGCAGCACGGAAAGAUGUCCAACACCACCAAAGUCUGGGUGGCACUGGUGCGGAUCUUUUCUGGCAGAAAGCCUCUGCUCUACAGCUACCAGGGUUCGUUGCCAAACCUGCCUGUGCCUGUCAUCAAGGACACAGUCAAGAGGUACUUGGAAUCAGUGCGUCCGCUGUUGGAUGAUACGGAGUAUGAACGCAUGACCAAGCUGGCCACAGAGUUUGAGAGCAGCCUCGGUAACCGACUGCAGUGGUACCUCAAACUCAAAGCUCUCUGGGCCGCCAACUACGUUAGUGACUGGUGGGAGGAAUAUGUCUAUCUACGUGGACGGAGCCCAAUAAUGGUCAACAGUAACUAUUAUGGCAUGGACUUCUUGUAUGUGACACCCACACCCAUCCAGGCGGCCAGGGCAGGCAAUCACAUUCAUGCAUUCUUCCUAUACCGCCGCAAACUCAACAAAGAAGAGAUUAAACCUAGUCGUAUACCAGGCACUGUCAUUCCUCUGUGUGCAGCUCAGUGUGAGAGGAUGUUCAACACCACACGCACUCCUGGAGAGGAGACCGACACUCUGCAACAUUGGCAGGACAGUGACUACAUAGCAGUAUACCACAGGGGUCGCUACUUUCGUCUUAGGGUGUACCAGGCAGGCAGACUCCUGUCCCCCAGGGAGAUUGAAUUCCAAAUUCAGAGGAUCCUCGAUGACCCUUCACCUCCUUCCAAAGGAGAGGCCAAACUGGGGGCUCUGACUGCUGGAGACAGAAUUCCAUGGGCUAAAGCCAGGAUGAAGUAUUUCAGCAGUGGGGUCAAUAAACGCUCACUGGACUGCAUUGAGAAAGCCGCCUUCUUUGUUACCCUGGAUGAUGAUGAACAGGGCAUGAUGGGAGAUGACCCUGCAGCUAGUUUAGAUUGCUACGCCAAAUCCUUGUUGCAUGGGAAAUGUUAUGACAGGUGGUUUGACAAGUCCUUCUCGGUUGUUUACUACAAGAAUGGAAAGAAUGGCUUAAAUUGUGAGCACUCGUGGGCUGAUGCACCAGUGUUAGCACACUUAUGGGAGCACACCUUGGCCACCGAAUGUUUCCAGCUCGGUUACAAUGCAGAGGGUCAUUGCAAAGGAGAAGUGGAUUCUUCACUGCCACGACCACAGAAGUUGAACUGGGAAAUCCCUCCAGAAUGUGAGGAGCAGAUCUCCCAGUCUCUGGCAGUGGCCCAGGCCCUGGCUGACGAUGUGGACUUCCAUGUUUUUGUCUUCAAAGACUUUGGCAAAGAAAAGAUCAAGAAGUGUCGAGUCAGUCCAGAUGCCUUCAUUCAGAUGGCUCUUCAGUUGGCCAACUACAGGAACCGGAAGACGUUCUGCUUGACGUACGAAGCCUCCAUGACCCGUCUGUUCAGGGAGGGCAGGACCGAGACUGUUCGCUCCUGUACCAGUGAGACCAGUGCCUUUGUCCGAGCGCUGGAGGGUGGAGAGGCAGCAGACGUGUGCAGGCGUUUGUUCCGUGCAGCGUCAGAAAAGCACCAGAAUCUAUACCGCAUGGCUAUGACUGGAGCUGGCAUUGACAGACACCUCUUUUGUCUCUACGUGGUGUCCAAAUACCUUGGAGUGGAGUCUCCUUUCUUGAAAGAGGUGCUGUCUGAGCCCUGGCGACUGUCCACCAGUCAGAUUCCAGUCCAGCUGCAACAUAUGUUUGACUUUGUCAACCACCCAGACUACAUCUCCUGUGGAGGGGGUUUUGGACCGGUGGCUGAUGACGGUUAUGGGGUGUGCUACCAAGUUUUGGGAGAUUACCUGAACUUCCACAUCGCGUGCAAGCACUCAUGUCCAGAGACUGAUGCCCGUAAGUUUGGUGCUGAGAUCAGAAAAGCCAUGCACGACCUGCUACAGUUGCUGAGCCCCAACCAAAAAGAGCCCAACAAGACAGAAGCGAGUCGGCCAGAGGUCAAGAAAAACCUGUAGGCGGUUACUCAGGGGAAAAGGAUGCUGAAGGGAAGGUGUGCAUAAAUGUUAUACUAUGAUGUGAGGAAAGACAGGGUUUUUUUCCUCAUGCAUUGGGAGAAUUUUAUAGCCAACCAGAUGAUAUUCAAGAGACAGCUCUAUGGUGGAUCUGAUUUAAUGGAGGUUGUGUUUUUACUGAUUUGCAUCUGUAUUUGUGUAUGUAUAUUAGCUGUGUGGUAGGUGUGUGAGAAGGAAAAUGGUCAAGAAGUGUGAUUCAAGUACAGUACGGUUUAUUGGUUUAGUUUUAACAGUCAAACCAUUGGAAAAAAUAUAAUCAUGAACCCUAAAUGAAAAAGUUAUCGUGAUGUGGUUUCAUUAUUAUAAAAAGGCCAGUAUGAAUAACAUCCACUCAAAAUUCCUAACACUUCACCUUAUUGCAGGGAGUAAUUUUAUAUAUAUUCAAGUCUCUGAGCAUUAGCAUGGAGAGAAAACAUGCAGGACUGUUGAGGUGAUUUCAGUUUCUGCCAUCUGAAUGCAACAUUGCACAGUGACACCAGGUAUUUUAAAAUCUUGGAAGUCUGUGACUUCUCAGUGUUUACUCAGUAUGUAUAAAUCUGCUUUCUAUAAAAAACACAUUAUUGUAAUGCUGUGCUGAGAGUGCCAGUGUACAUGUAGUGAAAUGACAUGGCUCUAUUAAAUUCAUAGGUUGGCAUUACUGUUUGACUGGUACUAUAUUCAGUGCCAACUCACCCAGGAAAUAACUUUUUAUUUUAUUUUUUCAAACUGUACAUACAGAUAAUGUAGGUCAGUUUUUCUUUGAGUGGUCAGUAGACAUUUCAAACUUACAAGUUAAAAACUUUACUGCAAUGAGCUCCAGUUAUUACACUGCCAUCUGUAAAUCUGUUUUGUAUUUUUUAUUUUCAUCACUUAUUAAACAAGCACCAUAACAAUGCAAGAUAUAAUUAUGAACAUCAUGUGCAGCUAUCCAGUCUCAAGCAGGUCAGAUGUGGCACUUUAUAGUCAAGCAAUUUGAUUCAAAGGUUGGUGUGUUACCAGUGACGCAGAUUCCUCUGUUUUUCUCCAUUGAUUAUUGCCUUUCUUGUUUUUACUCCAGAUCAGUUGAGCUUGUCUCAUUGUAUUGC